AUGACGCUGAUGCGGUUCAAGGACUGUGACUACAGUCGUAGGCUGUUUACCAUUGCUAUAGACAUAGGUGGCUCAUUGAUCAAAGUGGUUUACUCGCCGCUGGAUAGCCAGGUGAUUCAUUUCGCUACUGUGGAGACGGCUAAAGUGAGUAAGUUGCUCGAGCUGCUUGACGAUGUGAUACAGGAACACAACAGCGGUGACUUUAGCAGUACCCAGAUAGUGGCGACUGGUGGUGGUGCUUUCAAGUACAAUGACCUAAUUAUAGAGACAUUCCCAGGUAUACAUAGCUACACAAAGUUUGAAGAAAUGCAAGGCCUUGCCAAGGGUCUGGAUUUCUUUAUACACCAGGUGCCUGACGAGGUUUUCACAUACAGUGACCACGAAGGUGAGAAGAUAGUUGAGACCAUUGCCUCUUCUCCCACAGCGAAACCAACCAUAUACCCAUACAUGCUUGUCAACAUCGGCUCAGGUGUCUCGAUGCUAAAGGUCGAUGCACCUAACGUCUUUACGCGGGUUGGUGGCUCUUCUUUAGGUGGUGGUACGCUUUGGGGGUUGUUGUCUCUAAUCACAGGCGCUCAAAGUUAUGAUGAGAUGUUGAACUGGGCACAGGAAGGUGAUAAUACUACUGUAGAUAUGUUAGUGGGUGAUAUAUAUGGAACAGAUUACAAUAAGAUUGGUCUGAAGUCUACGCAUAUUGCUAGUUCAUUUGGGAAAGUUUUCCAAGAUCGCGAUCAUCCUAUGAUCAAUGGCAAUUCGAAACAUCGGAUCAGACAAGAAGAAAUUGAUCAUCUAGAGGAUCACGCAAAGGAUAACCACACCUGUAACGAGUGCAUAAAUCAUAGGAAUAAGAAGUUUAAGAAUGAGGAUAUUUGCAAAAGUUUACUUUAUGCUGUAUCAAAUAACAUAGGCCAAAUUUCCUACUUACAGGCCAAAAUUCACAAUGUUCAAAAUAUUUAUUUUGGGGGUUCAUACAUAAGAGGGCAUUUGACUACUAUGAAUACUCUAAGUUACGCCAUUAAUUUCUGGUCACAAGGAUCAAAACAAGCAUUUUUUUUAAAGCAUGAGGGAUUUCUGGGAGCUAUGGGUGCCUUUUUAGACGCAUGUGAAGGUAAAUAA